AUGACUUCCAUUGUUAUCUCCCAAUGCAGCGUCAUCGACGGCCCCGCCCUAGCUGCCAAUAGCAUCCCCGCUUUCUGGGCUGACCCGCACUGGGUCCUGGCCUGGCGUCAUCGGACCCUCGAGUACCAUAUUUCGCAGAUAGCCCUGCGCUUCCCGCGCAACCUGCUGAACAACCGGGACACCAUGCGACAUCAGAAAGCAGUGGAUCCAGAGACGGGUCGCAUACUCGGCUAUGCCCGAUGGUGCCUGCCACCGUCCUAUGAGAUAAACGCAGAUGAUGGCACGCCGAUAUGGCCCGAGGCCCAGGUCCCGGCUGUUGAGGCUGAUAAGGAGGCUGAAAUUCGACAGGCUGCGGAGACUGUUGUCUGGGAUCCUAAUAAUGAUGCUGAUGAGCUAUCAGAUCGUGUGACUGCGCUCAAGAAGGAAGUGACGCCAAAGACGCCACAUAUAAGUUUGGAAUACCUUGCUGUAAAUCCGGACAACCAGCGUAGAGGAGUCGGGACAGCGUUGGUGAAGAGUGGGAUCGACCAAGCGAACAAGAUGGGAUUAGAAAUUUUUGUCCACGCUUUCCAGGAAGGUGUUCCACUGUAUAAGCGAAUGGGCUUUCGACUUAUAGCAGAGCUCAUCCAAGAUGACUCAAAAUAUGGUGGCAGUGGGGAGUAUGGUGCAUAUUUCUUCAUCUAUCCAUGA